UCCUCACAACCCUCUACUAUAUAUAAUCCACAAACCCCACCGCUUCCUUUGGUUUCUAUAUGUUCUUUCUCCAAGUAAGAUUUUAGGCUCUGUUUCGGAGUGCAAAUUAAUCAAGGUUCUCGUGUUUGUAAGAGUUUUGUGCAGUUGUUUGAUGAUUUGAAGGGUGAUUUUUUGGUGGUUCUGAUGGCAAUCCAGUCUCAGUUUUAUUCUGAAAAUUUCGGGUUUAAUGCGGAUAACAGAGAAGUUGUCUGUCAAGAUAAUAUGUAUGCUGAGCAUGGAUUUGGAUUUGAAAGUGAGUUAAAUGUUAAUUUUCAUCAGCAGCAAAAACAACCGUUCAUGGAGUUUCAACCGCAACAACAACAUCAGUUUCAAUUUAUGCCUCGGAGAUUUGAGAGUUUGUGUUCUGAAAAAAAUGUGUUCACUCCAAAUUAUGCCAAUCAGUCGCUCAAUCUUUCCAGUACUAUAUCCGCGGUUAUGGAGAAACAGAGACAAGAGAUUGAUCAGUUUCUAAGUGUACAGAAUGAAAGAUUAAGACUGGCUUUGUUAGAGCAUAGAAGACAGCAAGUGGCGGUGAUAUUAAAACGGUGUGAAUCAAAAGCGAUGGUUUUACUUAAACAAAAAGAUGAAGAGAUUGCGAGGGCCUUGAACAGAAAGUUAGAGCUUGAGAACGUGAUUAAAGCAAUGGAAAUAGAGAGCCAGAAAUGGCACAGGGCGGCAAAGGAGAAUGAAGCAAUGGUCAUGUCUCUCAACAAUACAAUUGAGCAACUAAAAGAAAACGCCAUUUGUUUGUCACUUAACAAUAAUGGAGGUGCUGAUCAAGACGCGGAGUCUUGUUGUGAUGAUAACAGAGGCGUCGGAUUCCAGGAAGAUGAAGAACAGAGGAGGAUUUGCAGAAGUUGUUAUACUUGCAAUUCGUGUGUGGUUUUCAUUCCUUGUAGGCACUUGGCUUCAUGCAAAGCAUGUGAUGCUUUUCUUGAUACUUGCCCUGUUUGUGGAAUGGCAAAGAAAUCUACAAUAGAGGCUUUGUUUUGAAGUUAUUAUUAGAUUGUUUUGGAAAUAUGUGUCUAGAGUUUCAAUAAUUUUGUUAAACGGAAAGGUAAAUCAACUCACCCAUUUUAAUUCAUUCAUUUGAUAAUUGAUCCCUCUUUUUUUCUA